GCUUAUAAAACCCCAAGUUAUUCGGCCUCAUAGAAUAGUCUUACAAAAUCGGUUCCACAAUGGUCUUCAACUACCGACUACUUGUUCUAGUCGUAUUACCGACCAUCCUAACCAGAUCCCAAGCAAACCGUUACGAUGGUUUCAAACUGUACGAACUGUCCGACGACACCGGCCACGAGGUCCAGCUGCUGCAGUACCUGCAGCGGCACCGUCCCUCCUGCGACGUCUGGGCGCUCUCCAAGCUCGGCCACAAGCGCGUGCUCGUGCCGCCGACCCUCCAGAAGUCGGUGGAGAAGUUCUUCGCCGACUACCACGUGAACUACACGCUCCAGGUCGAGGACUUUGGCAGGGUUUACGAGGCUCGUCAGAAGGAGAGUUUGGUUGCGGAGGGGGAUGGGACGUUCCUGAACAGCUUUCCGACUUACGAGGAGAUCAACGAGUAUCUGAUGAAGCUCGCGAUGGAGAACUUUGAGUGGAUCCGGAUUCGGGUGAUUGGGUGGUCGGUGGAAGGUCGUCCGAUACGAGCGAUCACGAUCAACCCGAAGAAGCAGGAUACGAUCAUCGUGGAUGCGGGGGUGCACGCUAGGGAGUGGAUCACGGUGUCGGCGGCGCUGUACUUGAUCAAGAAGCUGAUCGAUGACAGUGAUCAGUAUAGGAUGUUUCACGAGUACAAGUGGGUGAUUGUGCCGCUGGUGAAUCCGGACGGGUACAUGUACUCGAUGUCUACGGAUCGAUAUUGGCGGAAGAAUAGGAGGCGGUAUAACGGGACGUGUGGUGGGGUUGAUAUAAACAGGAAUUUCGGGUAUAAUUGGGAUGCUGGAGCAGAGGAGUACGCGAACCAGUGUCAUGCGGGAUAUCGAGGAGCUGCGGCAUUUUCGGAACCGGAGACCAAAGCGCUUCGUAGCAUUCUGGACAACAACGAUGAGGCUAAUCUGUACAUCAGUCUGCACAGCUAUGGAGGUUACCUGAUCUACCCGUGGACGUCAAGUAGCUCCCAGGUCAAGAACGUGGCUAAUCUUCGUAAGGUCGGAGUGGACGCGGCUCGUGCCAUCUGGCAGUACAGCAAGAACGAGUACAAGGUGGGUGCGAGUUCGGAGAUUCUGCGCUACCAGGCCACCGGAACUAGCAUCGAUUACGCGUACUCGGUGGGAAUCCAGCUGCCGUUUGUGCUGGAGAUUGCCGAGUACGGAUACAGCGACUUCCAGCCUCCGGCCAAGGCGAUCAACGAGCUGGUGAAGGAGACCUUCGUCGGUAUCAAGGAACUGGUGUACGGCAUGCGACGGCUGCUUGCGCAAAACGCCAACACAAAAGGUCGUUAAAAGUGCGGUGGGAUUAUCCCUGAAAGCGUUUUGCAGUAUUUUGUUCGCCGAUGAGAUCGGGCAGGAUUAUAAUAAUGUGUUAAUUUUUACGACGUGGACAUGUUAAUUCGGCGAAAAUUUGUUUCUUUUCAGGAAGGUAUUGAAAUCGUCUUAAAUCAGCAAAAGCGAA